AGUGAGGUGAGGGAGCGGCAGAGGACAAGGAGGUAGCAGGAUUGAAGGAGGAGGAGUCAGUGGGAGCCGGAGAGGAGAAUGUGGGAAUGAGAGGAGAGUGGGGAGAGAAAUCAGUGUAAACGAAGAGGAGAAAGCAAGGCCAGGAGAAGGGUGACGGAGAGGUGUCAGCAGCAAAAGUGAAAGAGCAGGAGACCCCAGGAAGGGGAGAGUGGAGUGGACCACCAGACGGAGGGAAGGGAAAGAGCCGGUGGAAUUGAGAGAGUGCAAACACGGAAGACGGCGAGGGUGAGAGGAGAGGGCUGAGGACCAGAGGCAUCAGGAACGAGAGGAGAGGGAGCAGUGAGCGGAAGAGACAGCGAGAAGCAGGGGGGACGGAUGGUGGCGAAAGCCCCCGCCUCACAGCUCCAGAGUCCCGGGUUCGAUCCUGACCUCGGGUGCUGUCUGCGUGGAGUUUGCACGUUCCCCCCGUGACUGCGUGGGUUUCCCUCCCACGAUCCCAAUGACGAGUGGGUUGGCGGGUUAACUGGCUGCCGUGAAUUACCCCUCGUGGGCAGCCCUCCCACCUCUCUCCCCAAAACCUUUCGGAGGAGCAGGCAGGCCUCCGGGCCGCGGAAGGGUGGAUUCACUGUGAACGGGUCUGAGAGAAUCCAGCAACGAUUACCGCUCCUUUAAGAUGACACGGACGGACCCUCCGGACAUACUGGUAUCGACCGUGUAUCGAGAGAUCCAAGUCAGCACGAUGCCAGGAGAGCCCAAGGUGUACCGGCCGCGGGGUGCGUGCGAGGCGCCGGGCCCCGGCCCCGGCUCCCUGCCGCGGGACGUCGGCAAACGCCAGUGCCGCAGCUUCGACUUCCUGCAGUCGCUGGAGGGGCAGCCCCCUCCCCCGGAGCAGCCGGCCGGCCGGCGGCCCGACCCCAGCCCCGAGCCGGCCUGGGACUCGCUGGGCAGGCAGGUGUACCUGCGCUCCUCCGCCCCCGACCUGGUGGCCAGCCGCCUGUGCCCGCCGUCCGCCGAGGCCCGGGACGCCGGCCGGCUGGACGGCAAGAAGAGGGGCAGGUCCAAGAGCGCUCCCCGGGUGAAGACCACCUACCGGGCGGUGCCGCUGGAGCCCGCCUCGCCCGAGCAGCCGCGCAGGGGGCGGGAGGCCUUGCGGGGGCAGCGGGACCCCCACCGCAGGGCGGAGGGCUCGCCCCGGAGGGAGGGCCGAGCCCCGGGCCGGGGCCGCAUGGACGAGGUGCACCCCAUCAAGCUGCAGCCGCAGCGGGCCGACGCCUGCCUCUACGCCCCGCUCUACGUGGGCGAGCCCGGCGAGGAGGGCGGCGGUGCCCGGCCGGGCGUCCACGUCCGCUACCGGCUGGACAUGAAGCCGCCCGAGGGCCCGGCGGCCCCCUGCCCCCGGCCCUGGCGGCCUCCCCCGCCGGCCUGGCAGGCGCAGCCGGGCCGCAGCCUCACCGUGCCGAGCAGCCGCCGCCCCGGCCGCGCCCAGUCCCCCGCCGGCGACUACUGGACCCUGGCCACCCACGGGUGCUCCCCGCAGCCCUGCCGGGGCCCCGAGCGCCGCCGGCCCUUCCCCCAGCCCUACCCCGAGGCCCACAGCCUGCCCCGGCCGCCGCCCUCGCCCUCGCCCCUGCACUACCACGACUGGUGGGGCACCUACCGGGCGGCCCACGGCCACCAGUCCCCCGGCCUGCCGCCGCUCUGGGCCGGGGGCGCCUCCCCCCACGGGUCGUGCCGGGCCCUGGCCACCGGCUCCCGCCACCACUCCAAGUCCUGGGACAACAUCCUGUCGCCGGGCGGCCAGGCCGAGCUGGGGGCCCUCGGCUGCCGCAGCUACGAGACGCUGCCGCUGCCGGAGCGGGGCUCCCGCUGCCCCGGCGGCCGGGUGCAGCCCACCGUGGUCAACCUGUCCCGCUCGCCGCAGCGCUACGCCGCCCUCUCCCUGUCCGAGAGCUCCCUGGUGGAGAAGCUGCAGGGGGAGGGCGGCUGGCCGGGCCCCGGCCGCUCCUGGUACAUCACCCCCGAGAUCACCAUCACCGACAACGAGCUGCGGGCCCCGGCCGCCGGCGGGUGGGGCCGCCAGCCGGCCGACGGCUCCAACGGCCUCAGCGCCUCCUUCAACGACCUGCUGAGCUGCAACCUGGAGAAGGGCGAGGCCGGGGGCGGCGGCCCGGGCCCGGGAGCCCACCCCGCCGGCCAGCAGCCGCAGCCGCAGCUGGACGACGCGCUGGCCGACCUGGUCAUCGACACCUGCAAGGCGCCCGGCCCCCGCGGCGGACCCCCGCCCCCGGACACCCUGCUGGAGCAGCUCCGCAAGCUGAUCGGCGGCGAGGACCUGUCCGGGGAGCCGGGGGCCGAGCCCCCGCGGCUGGGGGCAGGAGGCGGCGGGCAGGCCUCCUCCUCCUCCCCCGGCCUGUCCCGCAGCCCCAGCUACCCGAGCCCCGGCGAGGGCCCGCUGCAGGAGCGGGCCUCGGACGAGGUGGACACCAUGAUGUGCUCCAACCUGCGGUGCGGCCUGACCGAGACGCUGUUCAACGCCCGCCUCUACUUCAAGUCGUGCCACAGCUGCUACACCUACUACUGCUCCCGGGGCUGCCGGAAGGACGACUGGGAGGCGCACAAGGAGGCCUGCGUCUACGGCCGGGUCAGCAGCACCUGCAAGCGGGUGCUGCGCAGCUGCCGGGAGAACCAGGCGGCCCACCGCGCCUUCUCCCGCAUCGCCAGGAUGGGCUACCUGUCCCGGGGCCGGGGCGUCCUCUUCCUCGGCUUCCCCAACCCCGGCUCGGCCGACAACUUCCUGCGGCUGGGCCUGGAGAGCCUGCUGCUCGCCCCCACCUACCUGUCGGUGCGGGAGCUGCAGGGCUACGCCGAGCACCUGGGCGAGUACCUGCGGGAGGUGCAGGAGGCGGGCCGCCAGUACAACCCCGAGGAGUGCUUCCUCCUCAACGUGUCGGUGGCCCUGGGCCAGCGGGUGCCCGACAACCCGUCGCCCCGGCUGCAGACGCCCGCCGUCCGCCGCUUCGCCAAGAUCGCCCUGGCCUCCGCCAGCCCCGAGAGGAAGGCCUACCGCGCCGAGGAGGAGAUGGAGACCCUGAUCCUGACGCCGCCGCCCGGCACCGCCGACAUCGCCAAGGACGGCGAGGCGGGCCGCAGGGCGCGGGAGGUGUGCUUCAUCAACGUGCAGCGGGAGCUGCGCAUCCGCGGCGUCUUCCUGCGCCACGAGUACCCGCACAUCUACCAGGACCUCUGCGAGUUCGUGGAGAGCAACAAGAGGUUCACGCCCACCACCAUCUACCCCAUCGACAAGCGAACGGGCAGGCAGUUCAUGUGCAUGAUCAUGGCCGCGUCGGAGCCCCUCACCCUGGAGUGGGUCCGCAAGCCCAACGUGCUGGAGGACAUGAUGUGACCGGCCCGCCGCUCCCCGCACAGCCUGUUCCCGUCUCUUUAAUAUAUUUGUAGACAUUUUAUAUCAGGAACCCGUGGAAGCCCGU